AUGCCUUCCCCUUUGAGCACCCCCGAGCUCUUAGUCCUUAUCCUCACCCACCUCGAUCCCCAAACACUCCUCCUCUGCCAACGCGUCAACCGCACCUGGGCCACCCUCAUCCAAACAACCCCCACCCUCCAAGAAGCCCUCUUCUUCCGACCCUCCCCCAACCCAGACACCAACCACCCCCACCACCACCACCACCACCACCACCACCACGAUGCCCUAGAAACCACAACCCCCAUCCCCGAAACCAAAACCUACAACCCCCUCCUCCUAUCCCACUUUCCAUCCCUCUUCCCAGCCAUUACCUCCCCCUCUCCCCUCAACACGGGCAAUUUCCCCGCCCCCCUCUCCAAUCUAGCUCUCAUCCACCACAAAUCCCAACGAUCAGCCUAUCUCAGACAAGACGCCAGUUGGCGGAGAAUGCUGACGCAUCAACCGCCGUCUCGGGCGUUGGGGGUCAUUAAAAUUACCUCUGCGAUGGGCGGGGAGACGUACCGGAAGUACAGGAUUCCAGGGUGCGUGCGGGAUUUGGAUUCUUUGGAGAGGUGGGUUGCGAAGGGAGGGGUGGGGAGGGAUGAGAGCGGAGAGAAUGAUAGCGAGGAAGUGGAGGGCAGAAAUGAUGAUCAACCAGGAGGAUUAGAAGAAGAAGGCUACCUCCGCAUGGGCCUCCUCUUCGACUUCCUCAUCUCCGAAAGUAUUCUCGACAACGCAUCCAUUAUCUGGGGUGGUGUCAUCCCAGAGGACCUGGAAGAUGAAUACGGUCCCGUACUAGAAGGGGUGUUUCGGCGCGCAACAGAGGACGCGGACGUGGUGAUCUAUGUGCAUGAGACGGUGCAGUGCAGUAUGGGAGGGAGAAGGGGAAGGGGGAAGGAUUCCUGGAAGAAGAAUCCGAGACAUAAAAUUUACAGGGAAUAUGAGAAGUUGGGUGUGAGUAUUGGGGGUGCUUGUAGCUUUUUCUAUGCUGCGUCGCCGGAGGAGGAGGGUGAUUUGGAAGAGUAUAUGUCGCCUCGGGCGUGGGCGGAGCAUGCGGCGUGGAUGAGGAGGAUUAAUGACCGGUCGGAAGGGAGGGGACUGGAGGAGGCUUGAUAGUGAGAUUAUUUUUGCCUUGAGAGUAUGGCUAGUAGGGACAUCUGCAUAGUAACCCGUUCUGCUUGACAGGUAUACCAGGAAGCAUUGAAAAGGGAUCGAUGAUAUGAGUUUCGUUGCUUUUGCUAAUCGACAGCAUCCCUAGGUCUGGAUAAAUAUACCAAUCUAU